AUUCACAUUAGCCACGGUCCUGUGGCUAAUGGCGGCCAACGGCCAACGGCUAAUGGCGUCGGAAGCGGCUUCAGAACACUCUGAACUUACUAAGCUCCUAAUUUACCUACCAUCCAAGAAACAAUUCAAAUGGAAUUCGAAUGCAAAGUCACUUUUGGAAUUUUGCAUUAAAGAACUGCAGGAUGGAGAUCAAGACGCUUUGAUAAGUCAUUCUUCAAAAGAAAACUUCGAAGUUUACCGAUUCGAAAAUAUAACGGUGAACUUUUAUCCGUCUACGAAGACCGUACAACUGCAAGGUACUGGUAAAGAUUAUCUCAUCAAGAAACUGAUGUCUUUACUUGAUUACUCUGGACAGACAAAUCAGACAACUGAUUGUGAUACUAUCGAACAGGAAUCUAUUGUAACUGAGCAAGAAACAACGGAUCCAGUCGAACUCUCUGAACCGUGUAGUUCAAAGGUCGCCUUAAAGGACAGCUCAGAUCAAAAAGGUCAUGAUGACCGAUAUCAAGAAUUUCUCGAUUUCAAAGAAAUGAUGAAAGGCUUCAUUGAAAAGUUUGACAAGAAAUUAUCCGAUCUUAGUAUGGAUAUGAACGAGCAACUAAUUCUAAUCAAAGAUCUGGAAUGCCAACAGAAGAAUAGCCGGAAAGAAUUAAUUAUGGAAAUGGAUCGGAAGCUAGACGAAACAAAGCAAGAUAAAGUCCUUGCUGAUCUGAAAGGUUUGCAGAGCUCACAUUCCAAACUUGGAAAUAAAAUUCGCGAGACUAAAUUAGACCUCGAAAAAUGUGAGCAGCGAUUGACAUUCAUAGAAACCAAAAUCGAAAUGGACGCUGAAGAAUCCAGCGACGAUGACUCAGAGGACGAAGAGAGCGGCGAGCCAUCGGAUUCUGAACAAGUGGAACAGGUGGAACGACAAAUUAAUACACAAACAACACUGCGGACGACAGUGGCUAGCAGCUCUAGUAUCGUAAACUCUCCAAACACGAACGAUUUGCCGCAGCUUGCUUCUAGCGGUAAUAUUGAAUCACCAAUUAAUGGAAAUCAACAACAAAUAGUCGACUCCUCUCGCACAACCAGAGGCGAAACUGAACCUAGACCAGCCCAGACAGCAACAGAGAAUACGACAAGAGGAAAUGCUACGCUCGCAGAAACCUCCGGAAAUAUCCUGAUGCUCUCUGAUUCUAUCUUUGGAGGAAUUAUUCAAAGCCGGUUCGCGAGAGGUAGAUAUGUAAACAAACAAUAUGUACAAGGAGGCACGAUUGAGAUGCUGGACCACUUGAGCACAAUGGGAUGCGAGGCUGGCAAUAAGUACGAAUACGUCAUAUUGCAUACAGGAACAAACGACAUACGUGAACUUCCCACAGAACAAAUCUGCUCUAAUAUCGAGAAUAUUGUGGAAGAGUGCAUUAAAUUAUGGCCCCAAAGCAAAAUAGUUGUAUCUGGUUUAACGUUUCACUUGAGAGAUCAUGCUAAAAAUGACAUAAUAGACGUUGUUAACAGUGCAUCUGAGCGAUUGUCUUCUAGGUGUGCAAAGGUGUAUUUUGCAGACAAUAGAGGUGUUUGCUUAUCACGUAAUGGAGAUAUCGACGAAAGUGUAUACAGAGAUAAUGUACACUUAAAUAACCAAACGGGAACGAAAAAACUAGUCGCAAGCUUAAAAAGUCAAAUUCCAGGGCUCAGAAGACAAAGGGAUCCCGCUGUAACUCGGAAAUUCCCAGUCAACAACCGUUUCCAGCAAAGAAGACAAGGCGCUCCUAGCGGAUCCACAGGUAUCCCACAAGCAAGAUAUCAGGCCCCCACAGGCAACCCACAAGCGUACUGUCCACCAACAAACAACCCGAUGUUUCGCCCAUUCCCAGGUAACCCACAGGGGUAUCAGCAACCCACAACUAAUCAACUUCCCACAGGUAGACAGCAGUAUCCAAUGAACUCUCAGCAGCAACAAUUAGAACAAGCCCUAAAAAUUAUUUCUGAAUGUGUAAGGUUAGCCUAUAGAAAUGGAUAAAAAACAUCUCAAAUCACUGAAAAUGUCAACAUGCCAGGUUCACUAACUUCUCGUAAUUGGGAUUUUGGGAGGUCUUUAAGAAUUGGUACGUGGAAUAUCCACGGUCAUAAAAGCAAAGAGCUCGGUAAUAAAACAAAAUUAGCAGAGGUAGUUGAUAUCAUUCAACAACAUGAUAUCUUCGGAAUUGUGGAAACUCAUGCUAGUCAAAAUACAGAUUUAGCUGUCGAAAAAUUCAAGCAUUUCAUAAAAACAAGACCAAAAUCUGGUAAAAAAAUUUCUGGAGGGAUCGCACUCUAUAUAAGCAACAAAGUAGCAGAAGGAGUCGAGUACUUACCUUCGGAAAACCGGAAUAUUAUAUGGUGCAAAUUAAAACGAAAUUACUUCGAAACGGAAAAGGAUAUCUUCCUAGGUACCGUCUAUUUUAGUCCUCAAAAUUAUGAACAAACAAAUGAUGAGGAUUAUAUGUCUGAUCUGGAAGAGGAUAUUAUAAAAUAUCUCGGCCAAGGGGACGUCAUUCUGCAAGGGGACUUCAAUGCUAGAACUAGUGAACUAACUGAACAUAUUAAUUUUGAUGAAGAUAGAUUUUUAAGCCUUCCUGACGAUUAUGAACUCGAUGUACCAUCGCCAAGGUACUCUGAGGACCACUAUACUGAUAGCAGAGGAAGAUCACUGAUUGAGCUUUGUAGUGAAAGUAAUUUACGAAUCGCAAAUGGAAGGAUAAUUGGCGAUUUAACAGGGAAAAAGACAUGUUAUCAAUACAACGGUACCAGCUUAGUCGACUACGUGAUAAGUAGCAAUAGAGUACAGCAGAAAUUUCAAUUUCUUAAAAUUCACCCAUUGCUUCCACAUAUUUCUGAUCAUUGCCAUAUAACAUAUAAUAUAAAGAUUGUAAACAAAAUUACGGUAACACAAUCAAAAAGCUUUGCUAAACACGCACGAAUAUUCUGCCACGGUACAAAUGUAAAAGAAAAUGUGGACUCUAUUCUUCGCUCUGAUAUCUAUCGGUCUAAACUGGAUAACCUAGUCAGUCACUGCGAUACCAAUUGCCCAGACACAGCAAGUAAUAUCACAUCAAGUUUUACAAAGCUGCUAGUUGAGAUCAGUGAGAAAGCGGGUUUUAAAUACGGAGACAAGCAGAAAUGUCAAAAAACAAACGCACCAUGGUUCGACGAGGAAUGUCGAUCAGAGAAGGCAAACCUUAAACGGUGUGGAAGGAAGAUAUGUAACUCACCCAAUGACAGUGAGCUAAGGCGGGAGCUAUUUUGGAAGAAGAAAAAAUUCAAGAAAUUAUGUAAACGUAAGAAAUAUCAAUACAGAGCAAGCGGUAUCAAAAAUUUGGAUUUCAAAGAUAGCAAAAAACUUUGGCGAUCACUCAAGAAUCUAUUCAGCGUAGGGAAAGACAAAAAACAACAAGAAUGUGAUUUAGAAAUAGAAAGCUUACACUCACACUUCAUGGACUUAAACAAAACUACAACUACAAAUUUAUCCAUCCCUAAAUGUAGAGACCAGACGGGUCCUUUAGACUCAGAGAUACGGCUAGAGGAGGUAAAAUUAGCUAUAGAAAACCUUAAAAACAACAAAGCUCCCGGUCACGAUAAUAUACUAAACGAGCUACUAAAAUAUGGUAAAGAUACUUUACUACCCUACCUAACUAGGUUAUUCAACAUCAUUUUUAGGUCAGGAGUGUUUCCACAAGAAUGGAAUCUGGGUUUUAUUAUUCCAAUUUUCAAAAAAGGCGAUCGCUCUGACGUCAACAAUUAUAGAGGAAUAACACUUUUAUCAUGCCUCAGUAAGUUAUUUACAUCUAUACUUAAUUCAAGACUCUAUGACUACCUUGUGCAGAAAGGAUAUCUAAAGAAGGAACAAGGGGGGUUUAGGAAAAAACACUCAACAGUAGACAGUAUAUUUAUUCUGAAAACCGUUAUCGACAGAGUAGUAAAAAGCAAACCCAAGAAGAAAAACAAUAUGCUUUUCACUUGCUUCAUAGACUUCCGAAAGGCCUUUGACAGCAUUCCUAGAGAUAAACUAUUUGCGAAAAUACAACAAGCUGGUAUUUCUGGAAACUUUUACGAAGUUCUAAGAUCAAUGUACUCCAAUGAUAUAUCGUGUGGGAAGAUAGGGGAUUCAAUUAGUGAAAGUUUUAGAUGCAUGGUUGGGGUAAAACAAGGAUGCAUGUUGAGUCCAACUCUUUUUAAUCUGUUCCUUAGCGAUUUACCUGAUACCUUAGCGAAAUCUUCAAGUGCCCACAUCUUAGGCAACACAAAAUUAAAUUGUCUUCUGUAUGCAGACGACUUAGUACUUUUCUCGGAAACAAGUAGUGGUCUGCAAGACCUUUUAAAUAGACUUUCUAUCUACUCAGAAGAAAAUAGUCUAAAAGUCAAUACUUCAAAAACUAAGGUGAUGAUUUUUAAUAACAUAGGCAAAGUAAUGAAUAACUAUCAAUUCCUUUUGAACAGGGAACAAUUGGAAAAUGUCAAAUCUUAUAAGUACCUAGGGCUAGUAUUCAGCGCGGUAGGAAACUUUAACUUAGCAAAAGAGGAGCUUAAAAAAACCGCACUCAAAGCUUUAUUUAAGUUAAGGAAAGAUCUCGGUAUUCACUUUAGAUCAGACAUUAAUCUUACAUUAAAACUGUUUGAUGCACUGAUCAAACCAAUUUUAUUGUAUGGCAGCGAAGUAUGGGGUGCCGAUAAUAAAAGCUGUGUUGAUGAUAGAGAUCCGCUUGAAUCAGUACAUCUUAAAUUCUGUAAAAUGUUACUAGGAACUGGAAAAACGGCUGUGAACAAUGCGUGCAGAGGGGAACUAGGCAGAUAUCCUCUUUGUAUAAAUGCAACAUAUAGGAACAUAAAAUACUGGACCAACCUUCGGUCAAAAGAAGAGGCCCUCUCAAAAGUAGUUUAUACAGAAUGUGUAAAUAACCCUCACGUGUCCUACUGGACCCACAAAACAAAAGAAAUAAUUUUCAAAGCGGGUUUUGGGUUUAUGUGGCUCUAUCAAAAUGAAACCGACCCUACAUUGUUCCUUGAUAUUUUCUCUAAACGACUUAAUGAUAUGUAUUUUCAGAAAUGGCAUGGGGAAAUUUUCAAUGACCAAAGGAAAAACAGUAAUGAAAUGAACAAACUAAGAACUUAUAGAACUUUUAAAGACAAAUAUGAAUUAGAGAAUUACCUUGUAGCCAUCCCUAAUGUGAAACAUAGAGUUGCGCUAACAAAACUAAGAAUAAGUAAUCACCAAUUGCAAAUUGAGAAAGGCAGACAUACGAGGCCUUACACAAAGGAAAAAGAUCGGAUUUGCCCAACAUGCAAAAAUGACGUGGAAAAUGAAUUUCACUUUCUAGUACAAUGCCAAACAUACAAAGAGCUACGAAAUUCAGUUAUCCAAAAUUUGCAGCGCAAUCAAAUUACACAAAAACGCCUUUUCAAUUUACUAAUAAAUCCGCCAACUUAAUUAGCAGGGAUAGCGGCAAGGUACAUUUCCGAAUGUUUCAAGCUAAGGGAAACGCUAAUAUGAAAAAUUAAACCUAAAGCACAAUAGAAAUCUGAAGUAAGCAGAG